AUGGAAACCAGCUGUUAUCUGAACAAGUCUGGAGAGCAAAACCACCUCAAAAUCUGGUCUGGGUUUGGAGUCGACCAGUUGAGAGAUGAUAAUCUGGAGACGUACUGGCAGUCUGAUGGCUCUCAGCCACAUCUAGUGAACAUUCAGUUCAGGAGAAAAACCACUGUGAAAAUGCUGUGUAUUUAUGCCGAUUAUAAAUCGGAUGAGAGCUACACUCCCAGCAAGAUCUCGGUCAGAGUGGGAAACAACUUCCACAACUUGCAGGAGAUUCGGCAGUUGGAGAUGGUGGAGCCGAGCGGUUGGAUUCACAUCCCUCUGUUGGAUCUGGUGAACAAUCCCAUCAGGACCUUCAUGAUCCAGAUCGCCGUGUUGGCCAACCACCAGAACGGACGGGACACGCACAUGCGGCAGAUCAAAGUCUACACGCCCGUGGAGGAGAGCUCCAUCGGCAAAUUCCCACGAUGCACCACUGUAGACUUCAUGAUGUACCGCACCAUCAGAUGACCCGAGCUUCUGCUCGAAUGGACGGACUGAGGUGCAGACUCUGCCUUCUCAUAAGACUCUGUUCUAGAAUUAAAUGGUUUCAGAUGGUUUAAAAUGUGUUUUGGAAAUUGAACAGUUCAAAGUUAAUUUUAUGUAAAUGCAAAUCU